UCAAUCACCCACACGAUUUCAUCCUUCCAAUUUCUUCUUCACUCCUCAUUCUCAUCUAACAAUCUUCCCUUUCUUCUCCGAAGAGUCGCUGGCACCACCACCACCAUCGUCCCUCGUGCCCAGCUCGUGCCCGCCACCACCGCCGUCACUCCUCACUUUCUUCAAACACUGAUGUUGCUUUGGGGUUUUUUGCUUUGGGGUUGUCGACGAAAAGAAUGAUUCUUGUUGCAGAUCCGUUUUCUAUGGCACCCCAAAAAGCACUUGAAAGUAUUGGAAAAACAUUGAGUGUACAGUAUGAGAGGUGGCAACCCAGGGCCCGUUAUAAAGUUCAGCUGGAUCCCACUGUGGAAGAGUGUUGAUCCACCUGAUGUAAUUAAGAUUUCACCUUGUGCCAGAAUGGAGUGCUGGAUAGAUCCGUUUUCUAUGGCACCCCAAAAAGCACUUGAAAGUAUUGGAAAAACAUUAAGUGUACAGUAUGAGAGGUGGCAACCCAGGGCCCGUUAUAAAGUUCAGCUGGAUCCCACUGUGGAAGAGGUAAAAAAGCUUUGUAGUACAUGUCGCAAGUAUGCAAAGACUGAACGGGUUCUCUUCCAUUAUAACGGACAUGGUGUUCCAAAGCCAACAGCUAGUGGUGAAAUUUGGCUUUUUAACAAGAGUUAUACCCAGUAUAUCCCCUUACCUAUUAGUGAUCUGGAUUCAUGGUUGAAGACACCUUCCAUUUACGUGUUCGACUGUUCUGCUGCUGGGAUGAUAGUCAAUGCCUUCACUGAGCUUCACGAUCCCUCUGGAUUAACGAGGGACUGCAUUUUGCUUGCAGCAUGUGAAUCACAUGAAACUCUUCCCCAAAGAGCUGAAUUUCCUGCAGAUGUUUUUACCUCUUGCCUUACAACACCAAUCAAGAUGGCCUUGAGAUGGUUAUUCGAGCUCGGUUGCUACAGUUCAGGAAGAGGAAUGUCAAGCCCUUGCUGCAUUUGGUGCCUGUUUCCAAUAUUAAUAAUUGUUUGAAGAAGCAUUUUCGAGACCUUUAAAAUGUCGUGAUCUUUGAAUUUAUAUAAUUCUGUUUGGUUGCAGUUAAUUUUACAAGCGUGUUUUCAUUGUUGGUGGAAUCAGACUUGAAUAAUAUGGGAUUUAUGUGCUUUAAGAUAUGAAUGGGAUUUAUUGUUGCUUUAAGAUA